GUAUACGUCUAUAUCAACGACAUUAUCAUCGCUAGUAAGAGUAUAGAGGAGCACCUCAAGUACGUUGAGAUGGUUCUUAAUAUCCUCGACAAAGUAUACAUUUAUAUUUCGGUAGAAAAAUCCUUCGUAGCCUACCCGUCAAUGAGACUACUUGGCUAUAUAGUCAAUGGCGAAGGAGUAGCCAAGAUAGACGACAAGAUCGCUAUAUUUAAGAAACUUAAGUUCCCCAAUACCCUCGAGACCUUGGAAUAG